AUGCCGUCAACCAAUCUCUGCCAAGACGAGACAUGUCCUCCAUACAGUCUUAUGGACGACUAUAGCGAGGGAGCUCAUCCACAAAUUUUGGAGGCUCUCCUGCGCACCAAUUCCACUCAGCAAGUUUCAUACGGUGGCGACGAUUACAGCAAUACCGCCAGACAAUUGAUUCGCGAUAAAAUCAAUUGCACAGAAGAUGAAGCCGAUAUUUUCUUCGUGCCCAGUGGCACAUCAGCGAACUUGAUUUCAAUUGCAAGCUGUCUUCGCCCUUAUGAGGCAGUUAUUACCCUGGAAACGGGCCACAUUGCCUGCAAAGAAGCCGGUGCCAUUGAGGCUACGGGACACAAGCUUAUCCUUGUCCCACCCGUUGACGGCAAGAUGACGACGGCAAGCCUGCAAAAGGCCAUGCAGCAAAAUCAAUUCUUCCCGCACAUGGCUAAGCCGCGCCUUCUUUAUAUCUCCAACGCAUCGGAGACUGGAACAGUCUAUACGAAGCGUGAAUUGAGCAGCUUGUCUGCUCUAUGCAAGCAAUUGAAUCUUCUUCUUCUGGUGGAUGGCGCCCGAAUUGGAACGGCACUGUGCUCAAAGAAGAACGAUAUGACUCUCCGCGAUAUCUUUGAUUAUUCUGAUAUUUUCUGGAUCGGUGGAACCAAGGCUGGUGCCCUUAUGGGAGAAGCCAUCGUUGUUAAGAAGGCAUUGGCCGAGGGCUUCGUUUUCCACCUCAAACAACACGGCGCUUUGCUGGCGAAGGGUCGUAUCAUGGGUGUUCAGUUCAUGGAGCUUUUCCGCGAUGAUCUGUUUUUCACAUUGGCUGGACAUGCGAAUGCAAUGGCCGAGAAGAUUUCGGCCAAUUUCGAGCUUCUGGGACAUGAACUCGCGGCAGAGACUGCAACAAAUCAAGUCUUUGUCACACUUCCUGAGAAUCUGGUCCGCAGGCUGCAGGAUCGAUUCCGCUUCUAUAUUUGGGAGCAGCUUGAUGAUGGACGGGUUAUGGUCCGUCUUGUGACCUCUUGGGCUACGGAUGAGCUGCAGGUUGAUAAGUUUAAUGCAUGGGUGGCGCAGUGGACUGCGGCAUCCAAGGAGUUUGCUACUUAG